GCGACCAACCUUCCACAUGGCUUCCAACUGGACCGACGCUUGAGUGUUGUUCGAGCUUCAGUCGCAAAGUCCGGGUGUUCAAGGGGAAAAAUCACGUUACAUGCGCAGUUCGCACUUUAAUACGGACAGAAAUGGGAAAAAGUAAAACCACUAAGUUUAAACGUCCUCAGUUUAACGCUGUUGGACUGCCGACAAAUGCUGUGAAGGAAGUGGACGCCGACGAGGAAGAGUAUGGUGAUGAUAGUUGUCCAGCUGCGGAGCUACUGGAGAAAUUGCAGAGUCCCAGUGCAGAUGUGCGAGAGUUUGCAUGUGCCAGCAUCUCUCGGGUAGUGCAGCAGAGUCAGACCAUCCCAGGGUUCCUUCAGAGGGAUGCUGUGAGGCGGCUGGGGCCCAUGCUGCUGGACAGCAGCCUGGCUGUCAGGGAGACUGCUGCAGGAGCUCUCAGGAAUCUGAGUGCAUGUGGAGGUCAGGAGGUGUGUGAGGACAUGGUGAAGCACGACGUCAUGACUCCCCUGACAGCACUGCUUAGAGAGAGCUGUGCUGGUUUUGAGGGCGCUGCUGUAACAAUGAAAGACCAGAAGAAUGCAGUGGAGGAUGUUGCCAAUGAGGCUGUGAACCUAUUGUGGAAUCUAUGUGAGAACAGCAGCCAGUCGCUGUCUAUGUUCAACAAAGCGGGUCUCCUGGAUUUGGUUGUCCAGUGUCUGGAGAGACACCCACACAACAUGGAACUGGCCAUAUCUGCUGCUCACUGUUUGCACACUGUGACUGAGGAUAACCCAGAGCUGCUAUGUAGCAUGAACGCUGCUGUGCUUGGAGUCGUGGAGAACAUGCUGCUGACGUCUCAGCCAGACAUGGCACACACUCUCCUCAGGACAAUGGCUGCAGGGACACUUUGGAACUUGAAGGGCAGCGUACCUGCCGCCCGUCAGGCCCAGACCAUCAAUGCUGUGGUGGCCACCUUGUCGCGGUGCCUGGAUCUCGACGCAGGUACGCUGAUACCUGAGCUCAGACAAGCAGAAGAGGCUCGCCACAGAAAUGCGCCAUCUGCAGCCGACAUAGAAGACCAGGCUUCAGGAGGGCUCGCUGUGGAGGAGAUGGACAACGAGGAGGAGGAGGAGGAAGCCCCCAAACACAAGAGGAAUGGAAAAGCUGCGAGGGUUGAUAACGACUUCUCUGACCUUUUGCCUAGGGACAAGGAGGAGCUGAGGGAGGCAACGGCCUUGCUGACAGCCCAGCAAACGUCCUUAGAGAUCAUCGUCAACAUGUGCUGCUCUGACGACCCUUCUGACGACGAGUGGGAAGAGGAGUCCAGCAGCGAUGAAAGCGACAUGGGUCCGGACGGCCUCUGUGAUGGAGUGUCCAAUCUUAUGUCUCCACUGUGUUUGUCAGCUGAAGUUCACGGGGCCUUGAUGAACCACAGCAUCCCAGAAAAGGUCCUCAAAAAGACAGAGUUCCCCAGAGGGGAAGCCAUGGAUGCAUGCCAUCAGACUGCCUCCUGGAGGGGCCUGAAAAAAAAGAUGCAGCGCGUGCAGUCCCGGGCGCUGACGUGCCUUCAUAGCAUCCUCUCCACCAUGGACGUGGAGUCUCUGGGAGGACCGGCGGCCUUGCAGGGAGCAGCCCAGCACCUGUCCACGCUGGUUUUUGGUGCAGCAGAGAUCCCCAAAGAUGAGGAGUUCCUCGAGGCUGUCAUCAGUGCCAUGCGGUCUCUAUUACAGAUGAUUGCCUCCAAAAAUAUCUCUCAGUGUAUGACCCCCCAGCAGCUGAUGAGCCUGAGCGAAGCAGCCACCCGCUGUGAUGUUGUCAGUGUGAGGGUCAACGCCGUCGCCAUUCUGGGCAUCACUGGCAGCACAUUAGCGAAAGAGAAGGGCACUGCUGAAACCCUUCAGAUGAUUGGAAACGCCUUGCUUCAAGUUGCUACGAGGGAUGCCAACUUGGUUGUGAACGGAGAAGCCCUGGACGCCUUGUUUGAUGUUUUUGCGGAUGGAGACGAAGCGGAGACGGCUGCCAAAAACAUCCAGUUACUACCUGCACUGAAGGCACUUCAACCUGUCUUUAAGGCCAAGAUUCGUAAAGAAGGAAGGGGCAAGUACAGUGCCCAGGAGCUGUGUGUGCUAGACAACAUCAAAGUCAACCUGAGAAGAUUCAUUGGUUAUCUGGAGAAGGUGGUGAAAAAAUAAGGACCUCAAUGGUUUAAGAAGAUAUGCUAGCAGGAGCUUUGAACGAAUGGUGGUUGUGAAACCAUCAGGUAUUUAUUAUGUUGGUAGUAAACCAUUUGUUUAUGCUUGAUUUCAGUGUUAAUAUUCUCUAAAUGAUGAUUUAUUAUUUUACUUGGUGAUGUGGAAGUUUAUUUGUUGUGAAGAAAGAUGGGAUGGAAUGUGAUAUUACUUAGUAGUUAUAGUUACUGCAAGUUGCAGUAGAGAGAAGUUUUUAUUUUUGCUUCCUCGGUUGAUAUGUGUCAUUCCACCCAAAAAGGUUGUCAGGCUUGAAUUUGUAUAAUUUCAUGUCCCCCAGUAACAUAUGUGAGAGAUCAUGUGUUGAGAGCUGACACCAGGCCCUUAAUUUUGUCCCAUGUUUCAAAGGGCUGAACAUUGGUGUUUGCAGUUUUGCUACAGGUGACGGGAGGCAGAGCCAUUGUACAUCACAGGCCCUUUGUCGGAGGGAUUGUAGCAUCAGCUACUUAUUGAAAUAGAGAAGAUUUUGUGUUUUGGAUAUAGUGCAGAAGAAUUAUAAUUUUGCUGAUGAAGACAUUGGCUCACUUAAAGAAACUAAAAAUAAAAAUUAUUCUGUCAUUUUAGUAAGUUACUAAGCUGAGAGGGUUUGGCACACUCGCUGCCAAGGUUGUGAUGCCAUUAAAGUCAAUUAAGACAGAUGCAUCAGCCUUAAGAAACACACAUAUUCUCUACCUCUGCCUCUCUGUGCUCCCUCCCAUCUCACAGCAUUAUGCACUCUCUAGCAGGCACCACUCUGCUGCACGGAGUGGUGACAUUUGCAGAAGUAUUUUUGUGAACUUUUAAAUGGCAGCCAACUGAAAGCAUUUUGUCAGUAACACUAUCAAGUAAUUGCCCAAAUGGAAAAUAGAUUGGGUGUCAUGAACACCAAUAAUUUGUAAUGACCAAUCAGCAUCCAAAAUUGUUGCUUAAACUGACAACACCAUUGUACAACUGCACAGGUUUGAAAUAUGUAAAUACAGGAUAGUGCCAUCUAUUUUACACCUGAUCCAUACUUAAUCAUGCCUUGAGUAACUGACAAAGUCAGCUCAUCAACUUUAGAUAAUGUAGUGAAUGGUAAGAUUGAAUGGUGACUUGCACCACCGAAUGCCAUUUACCUAAAUUUCAAAAUGAAUAGUUCUUACAUUGUAAGAAUCAGGCACAGCUUCACUGGGUUCUCAAUUUUUCAGUGAAAUGUUAAAUUACA